ACAUGAUAUGCGCGCUAGCGGGAACCACCUGCAUAUAUUAUGUCUAUCCAGGUAUAUAAAAGUUUACAAACCAUCCUGAGUGACUAUUAGGUAGACAAUCUGGCUGAAUAGGAAAUGAUGCCUGUAUUAAAAGAGGCACAUGGACCUGACGAGGACUGGACUGGUCUGAAAGAUUCCAAAGCGAGGCGCAAACUACAGAAUCGAUUGAAUGUCCGCGCUCAUCGAAGGCGAAAAGCCAUCAAUUCAGGGACUGAAACUCAUUCGGGGUCCGGUUCUGCGAGACAUAGGCCUUGUACCUUAGUUCAACAGUAUACUCACCUUGAGGGAAACGGGGCGCAGCGCCAGCCAAGCUCUAUGGUUGCUGAGUUCCCAAGGUUAAAAUUAUCGACUGAACGCAGUGCUUCACAGAGCCCAGGCCUUCUAUUUCCAUUAACCUCCGAUCACCUAAUUCCAUUGGUGCAAUAUAAUUUUGUCCGUGGCGUCUUGACCAACAUGGCUAUCCUGGGCUACCAAAACGCCUUCCCUCCAGAGUGUUCGAGACAUUGGGUCAACAUGCCGCUCUUCCCAGCCCCCUCCAACAUACCGGAGUCUCUUCAGCCCACAGCACUGCAGCUUAGCACGCCACAUGAGCCUUGGAUUGAUCUGAUUCCGGACAAGCAAAUGCGUGACAACACAAUUCUCCUGAUAGGGGCUGUUACACGCGAGGAUAUCGAGGAAGAUGUGACGGGCUCCCUAUUUGGCAAGGUGAAACUGCUUGAGAUGACCGGAGUGCUGGCUUGGGACACACCUUGGGACACGAAUGGUUGGGAGCUGACCGAAGGGUUUAUAAGUAAAUGGCCAUUUCUAGUGAAGGGUUGCUGGAAAAUGCUUGAGUCUACCAAUCGGUGGCGCACGAUGCGGGACGAAGAGCCACUGGUCGUUGAGUUAUAAAUCUAGACCACGACAAAACGAUGACGACGACGAUGAUGAUGAUAGGAUAAUAAACACUAUAAGGUACAUAGCCGGGAGCUGCUGUAGAGUUUUAAGCCUGGUGCAAGUGCACUAGGGCUUGUACAAGGCUCGUACAAGUGCUAUAAGGGUUGUUGGCUUUACAAGGUUUGCUCCCAUGACAAGGCUU